AUGGCCAGAGUUGCCCAUGCAUCGCGAAGAAGCGUAAGCCGGAAUGUUUCCGGUUCGCUCGCCGACUCGCCAUUCAAAUCACCUGUCAAAAUCCCACUCAAUGACGACGCGGAGGAGAAAGCGAAGCGCUCGCAUGGGCGUAAGGCCGCCCAUGAGGCCCAGAUAAACCAACUCAGGGCCGCGGCCACGAGUACGCCGCGCAAGUCGAGCACCUCGCUCAACGACCUGCAGAAUGUCGACACGCCCGGGUCUGAACCGCGGACACCCCGACGACGCAAGAGCGGCAACCACACCAUCAUACUAGACGAUGACGAGCAGCUCGUUGUUGGCGGCAAGGCCGUCACCCCCAUGAAGCGAGUGCCCAUCUUGGCCAACUUUGAGGAGUGGAUGAAGAUGGCGACCGACAACAAGAUCAACGCGGCCAACUCGUGGAACUUUGCGCUCAUCGACUACUUCCACGACAUGUCCUUGCUCAAGGAGGGCGAUGGCGUCAACUUUCAGAAGGCCAGCUGCACUCUCGACGGCUGCGUCAAGAUCUACACGAGCAGAGUCGACAGUGUUGCUACGGAAACAGGCAAGCUUCUGAGCGGUCUGGCUGAUAGCCGCGACAACAAGAGGAAGGACCGCGAAGGUGACGAAGACGAGGAGGAUGAGGAUGAGGUCGACGAGGAGGGGAAUGUGCGCAAGAAAUCCAAGAGAAAGGCGCAAAGAUCUUCGGAAGCGACGUUGGCUCCGUCGUUCGCCUCUUUACAACUAAAGAAGCUGGAACUUGAGUUUGCUGUUGAUCCUCUGUUCAAGAAGGCGUCUGCAGAUUUUGACGAGGGCGGUGCGAAGGGUCUGCUGUUAAACCACUUGAUGAUCGACUCGCAAGGCAGAAUUGUCUUUGACAGCAGCGAUGACGCCGAUGACGCCGCUCAGGCUGCUUCCAAGUCCCGCAAACAAAGCGUCGGGGAGGAGGUUGACGGCGAGGGCGAUCUUUCUAUGACCGACCACGAGAACACCCCGGUCCCAGAGGAGCCAGAAGAAGAGGAGGAUGUUGAGAUCGACAUUGAAGGACUUCGCGCCAGCUUCUUUCCGGACUUGAGCAUUCUUGACAGCAUGGAUGUCUGUCCACAACUAAAGACGUUCGAGCUCGGUGACCCAUCUGGUUCCCUGGACAUCCCCUUCCUGAGGGCCCCGGAAGACUGGCGCCAGGACAAGGAAAAGACACCUGGACCCGGUGGCAUCGGCGACAAGUCGGGCAUGUUCAUAGACGAGGAGAAUCCCCUUGGAUUUGACGACGAAGACGGGCUCGGGACGUUCGACUUGGGGGCCGAUGCCGACUUUGGCGAAGGAGGGGAAGCAUGGGCGCGGGAGGCCGCCCUCGAGCCACAGAUGAUGCGGGUUUUGGAUGCAGGUCUAGGAGAUGGCGCCGCUGCGGACGGGGAAGGCGAUGGGGCUGAUUUGCUAGACGCCGGGAAUGGUGAUUUUGCCAUAUCCAUGACGCACGCGCAGAAGGCCGACAGGAUGCACGAAGACAUUCUCAGUUAUUUUGAUCAGGCACUCCAAAAGAACUGGACAAGCGCAGAGCACUGGAGGAUACGAAAGAUCAAAGAUGUCAACAAGCCUACGGAGCCUACGAGACAACGCAAGGAGAAGCAGCCGUUCGAGAUCGACUUCGCGGCCCCCUUAGAUCCAGCAGUCGCCGAGGUGAUCUACACCCAGGCCUCCUCAAACUCGACUAUCUCCAUGCCCAAGAAAGACUGGAAGUCGAAAACGCGCAAUCUGCUCCCCGACGAUAAGCAUUUCAGCUCCAAGCAGCUCCUUAGCCUUUUCCUCAAACCGAAAGCCCGGAUGGGCCGGCGGCGGGUCCUCGGCAGCAGCCGGAUAGGCAACGUUGACGCGCAUCGUCAGAACGACAUCCCUGAGGGCGAGAUGGAUGAGGCUUUCUGGGCCUCGCAAAAAGCGCCCCUCCAUUCUGACGGCGGUCGUCCCCACUCUGAAGACUCCCCGCAAGGCGACUACGACGCGAACUUCUUCCAAGACGAUGGACUUCCCUUCGCAGGCGGCGGCGGCCUCGACGACGACGACGACAUGGAUGAAUUUGCCGACGCGCGCGAGCACUUCUCCCCCGAGGCCGGGGAGCCGGGCAUGACGACCGACGUGGGCAUGACGGGCGCCUUUGGCGGGAUGACGGUUACUAACCCAACCGACCUGGCGUUUGGCACCAUGCUGGUGACGCAGAACAGACGGGUCAAACCCGAGUAUGUGCAGUACGCGCGCGUGGCGAAGAAGGUGGAUGUGAGGCGCCUGAAGGAGGAGCUAUGGAAGGGCAUGGACUUGGAUACCCUGGCUGCGAACCGGGACAACAGCCGCCUGAUGACGCCAACAUCGCCAGAGAAGCCCGCAGACUCCAGGGGCGAGGACCCGACGCUCAAGUUCACGGACGUCAUGAACAACCUGCAGCGCGUCUACCCGAAGCCGGCCAUGGACGACAUCUCGACCAGCUUCUGCUUCAUCUGCCUGCUGCAUCUGGCGAAUGAGAAGGGCUUGGUCAUCGACAAGACGGAGAGCCUGGACGAGUUGUACAUCAGGAAGGAUUGGAAUGCUGAGAUUACCGAGGGGGGUGAAUAA